CUUUUACAGAAAAAACGCAAGCAAGAAAGUACUGUUGGACAUGAACCAGUUACCUGCAUCCUUGAAGACAAGGUGGAACAGGACACUACUAUCACAAGAAUAAACCAGGAUGAGGAAGAGCCAAGCAACAAGAAAGUUAAACCAUUCUCUAAGGGAACAGGCCUAGCAAGUUUAAUGGGACCAGUGAAAUCCACGUCACUCAAGAGAAUUGGCCAGUCUAUUCAGAGGUCAAUCAGUUUCAAAACAGAAGCUCGUCCCUUUCCUGCACCUCCAUUGAGACAGAGACCCAAGAACUCUACAACAGUAAAACGUAGAAACAGUUUGCUGUGGUCAGACACAGUAGAAAUAAGUGAGGAACUGUCCAUGAAGGAGAUCAAGCGACAAGAGGUAAUAUUUGAACUCACGCAGGGUGAGCAGCAGUUGAUUGAUGACCUCAGCUUAGUUAAAAAGGCUUACUAUGAACCAAUGCUGAAACUUGAUAUUAUGGCAGAGAAUGAGUUAACACAGAUAUUUGGGACACUGGAUUCUCUCAUCCCUUUGCAUGAAGACCUGGUAAACAGAUUACAUAACCUGCGAGGAACCGAAGGGGCAGUAGAUGAAGUGGGUCCAACGCUUAUGGAAUGGUUCCCAUGCCUUGAUGCCUACAUUACAUACUGCUGUAAUCAGGUGACAGCAAAAGCCCUCCUAGACAUCAAGAAGCAGGAUCCACGUGUUGAACAUUUCCUACGUCUCUGCCAGGAAUCUUCAUUUAGUCGGAAAUUGGAUCUUUGGAAUUUUCUUGACUUGCCUCGAAGUCGUCUAGUUAAAUAUCCAUUGCUAUUAAAAGAAAUUGUGAGACACACAAACAAUGAGCAUCCUGACAAACCCCACCUAGAGGAAGCAAUGGAGCUGAUUCAAAGGAUUGUGGCUGAGGUAAACAGGAAGACAGGUGAAGCUGAAUGUCAUUACUACCGUAGUCAACUGCACUUUGUUGAUGAGAUCCAGAGAAUUCCUGAGAUUCUAAGAUCUCGACUUCUUCUCUGUCAUGGAGACCUCAAGAACAAUAAGGGACAGAAGUUGCAUGUUUUUCUUUUUGAACUUGUCCUGGUACUGAGCCGGCCUGUCACGCAGAAUGACAAACUUCAGUUUCAAGUAUUUCGACAACCUAUUUCUAUUGGAGACUUACUCAUGGAGGAUCUGCCUGAUGGAGACACAGGGCUGGCUGGCUCUUUUCGUGGUGCAUUCACCUCAGCCAAUGACAAAACUAAGAAUUGUUUCCGGGUGAGCUCAAAAGGUCGUCUAAAAGGACAUGCGUAUUCUCUUCAGGCCAAUGACUCUUUCAACAAGCAACAAUGGAUAUCCUGUAUACGGCAAGCUAUUGUCUCCUAUAAAGACCACAUAAAUAUUCUACACCUCUCUCCAGAAAUAAAUUCAGCAAAUAGUUCCUUAGAUGACAUUGCUGAUCUCAGUAUAGAAUGUGAUGAUAAAGAAUGUGAAGAUAUAGAAAUGAAUGACCAAUAUGUUAAUAAUAAGGGAGUUAACUUUCUAGACCCAAAAUAUUAAUAAUGUUAAUAAAACUAUUUCUAUUAUAUAAUUGUAUUGUUACAUUAUUAUUUGAAAGAAUCCUGGUGUCAAUUUCACUUAUUAAAUAUUUAUUUAAAGUGCAGAUCACUGAAAGUCUUUCAUGUGUAAGACUUCAUCCUUAAACGUCAAGUUGGAAUAUACAGACAAUGUACUUGUUUUUUGAUUACUACUGUUUUUUUCAGGGAUUGAGAAUGCAUUAAAUUCUGUGAAUAUUUGUCCGCUGAUCGUAAAUUAUGCAUAGUACAAAAAUGUAAAGCAAAUAUUGUAAGUUUUUUUUUUAACUAUACAUUAUCUUGCUCUUGCCUUUCCAAUUAUGUAAUCUAUUUGCAUGGUAAUUUUAUGUUCGGGUUGACUUCAAGAAGGUAGUAAAGCUCUUUCAGUCAAUAGUAAAGGUUAGUUAAUUGUUUACUAUCAAUGUUUAUUAAGUGAAAAUUGGAGCUUAGCUUUCAAAAUAACUGAAACCUUCUCAUUAAGUAUCUGUACUGUGUAAUUCUACAAGUUGCAUAUCAGUAUACUUGUUUGUUUAGAAAAAUUUAUGUAUUUCUCUGUAACAGAUUAAUUUAGUCCAUUUGAUUUAUAAGUUACAAUGUACCUUUUACGUUUUGUCUUGCACCAAAUACAUAUACUGACAAAUACA